AUGCUUGCUACCAAUACAACUCGAUUAGAAGAUUAUGCACAAACCUAUUUGCCAACCUCAUUCAAUAAUGAUGUCGAUGAUCAUAUUUUCGAAGAUAACGUUUAUUCUAAAAAUGAUGAUGAAGAUUGUUUGAAUCUAGCUGAAUCGUCAUUUGGUAUUAAUAGCUAUGCUCAACGUCGAGGUGAAAACACCGUUAUAUCCUGGUUAGACAUAUUAACAUCUCAAUCUAUACCAGAAGAAAAUGACGAAGAUAUUUCGUAUCAUGAUAAAAUAAAUAGUACAUUUCGAAGUGAUAAUAUUGAUAAUAAUAAUCGAACUGAAGAUAGUAUAGAUGAAAUUAUGGAAGAUUCAUCGACAACUUCCUCGUGUUUAUCGAAUGGUAGUUAUGUUGUUUUAGAAAUUCAACGUCCACGUACAACUCAAGAUAUAGUAGAAAAAUCUGAGAUUAAUUUUGCACAAACAUGCACUUUUACAUCGGAAGAAGAAGUUGAACAGUAUCAUCCCGAUAUUUAUGUUACUGACUCAAUUGCCGUUUCAAAACAAGAAUUGGAGCUAAUACCAAUAACCAUGGUGAAACAUUCAAUCGUUCAUGAAGGUGAAAUAGUUAAAAAAACAAAAUUUACUAAACGAUUACGAAUGAACUAUAUGGCGAAUCGUGAACAUUUUGAACGUAAUUCAUCAUCUUCAUCCGAUUGUGAUAAUGGACAAAUAAGAUUAAAAACAAUUCAAAGAGUAAAUGACCAAUCAUUAGUAUAUUUGCCAGCUGAACAAAUUUGUCGAUCAUCAAAACAGAAAGAUUUUCUGUUACCUGAAAAAUCAUUUUUAAAUCAAAUUGAAAAUAUUCAACGACGAUCAUCCAUUUCAAGUAUUGAUUCAAUUACACAUAAUCCUUCGCAACGAAAUGAACAGAAAAAUUUGUUAAUUCAAGAUGGAAAUACUAUUAAAAAGAACAAUAUUACCUUUUCGACUCUGUAUCACACAAAUGUUGAAAAUCAUCAGAGAAUUUCUAAUGAUAUUCGAUCAACACGUCAUAUAAUGGCUGCUAACACUGAAUACUGCCAUAGGAUAUAUCAAAACAUGGAUGAUAAAACUGAUUUAGAAUCAACAAAACCACCAUUAAAAACGUUUGCCUUCGACCGAGCGGCUAUGCAAAAAUAUGUAAAUAGUAUACCAGUUCGUAGCACACAACUGUCGCCUGAUUCCAUUAUAGAAAUAUCAGACACAACAUUUUCAUUAUACUCUUCGAAUUUAUCUGAUAAGAAAUGCGAACAACCGCAAGAAGCAAGUAAUAAUUCGUAUGAAGAUUCGGUUCAAAAUGUUCAGUUAAAAACAGAUACAAAGGAAAAAAUUAAUAAUGGCACUACAUCAUCUAAAAGAAGUAACAUACUGGAUAAAUCUGUCGAUGUCGAUCAUGAUUUAUCAGAUAUGACGAGAAGUUCUCAUACGAGUAUGAACGGUAGUGUAUCAAAAAAUUCAUCAAUAUAUCGUUUAUUUAAAAAACGGUGUCAGUCGGGCGUAACGGAUUAUCGUCCUGAUGGUGAACCACAAUUACUCGAGGUAAAAUAUAUCGAUGGUAAAACAUUGAAAGACGAUGAUGCCAUUUUUAGAGUCGAGACGGCUAAACGACUUAUUAAAGCAAAGACAUUUUCUUCAUCAUUUUCAAAAAUAAAUCGUCUUGGAAUAUCAACUAAUGGAUUACUCAAUCGACACCAUCAACAAUUAUCAUCUACAAGAGAGUUAAAUAAAAUCGAUACUGACAGUUCAUCUCGAUUUAAUAUAAAAUCAACAACAACACGUCUCACUCGUUUGGUUGAACCAACAUCAUCGGGAACGUACGAUUUACAAAAUGGUUCAUUUUCCAAACGAAAUGGUGUUGUUCGUAGGCAAUUUGACAGAAUUAGAACAUUUGUAUCGAAAAUGGCUAUUGUUGAUGAACAACAACAAUCUCCUUGUUUAGAAAGAAAAAAUCAACAUUCACUACGGAGAGAAACACAACAUGGUAAAAAUCGAACAGCUCAAUCAAUUACACCAGAUGAAACAUUGCCGUCUGAUUCAACAGAAUCAUCAUCACAAAAAGCAUUCGAAAAUAAACUAAUUCACACGGGUGGAGACAAGGCGUAA